CUUGCUCUUCCCCCAGUUCGCCGCCUGCAGCUGCACAAGGAGCUGGAGCGGUCCUCUUGCGGGAGCGUCCUGUUCGAGGGCUAUCUGCCGCCCCCGUCUGUGUUUCCUGCCAAGCGGUGGAACCGCCACAGCGUCACAGGGGUACAGUUGGCUGCCCGGGCAGGCAACCCCCUCGUGCGCCGGAGCAACACCAUGCCCCCCAAUCUUAGCAACAUAGGGCUUCUGGGGAGACUGGAGGAGAGGAAUGCAGUAGCAGGAGCCGCAAACGAUCCAGGUAUGGUACGUCUUAUCUGUGGCCAUCAUAACUGGGUAGCUGUGGCUUAUGUUCACUUCCUUAUCUGCUACAGGAUGAAGGAGACCUCCGGCUGGCAGCUGGCUUUCUGUAGCCCCCGGCUGGACUGGGUAAUCGAGCGCGUGGCACUAAAUGCCCGGGUGCUUGGUGGGUCCCUGGGUGAUAGUGACAAAAUGGUGGCUGCUGCCUCUUGCAGCGAAAUCCUUCUAUGGGCUCUUCAGCCUGAUGGGAACGGCACCGAGAUUGGAGUGUUCCGAUUAGGGGUCCCUGUAGAAGGCCUCUUCUUCGUUGGCAGCCAGCUUAUUGCCACCAGCCACACUGGCAAGAUUGGCGUCUGGAACGCAGUCACCAAGCACUGGCAGACUCAGGACGUGGUCCCGAUCAACAGCUACGAUGCAGCGGGGUCCUUCUUGCUCCUGGGCUGCAACAAUGGCUCCAUCCAUUAUGUUGAUGUGCAGAAGUUCCCCCUGCGCAUGAAGGACAAUGACCUCCUGGUGACUGAGCUGUACCGUGAUCCCGCAGAGGAUGCUGUUACUGCCCUCAGCGUCUACCUCACGCCCAAGAGCAGCAACAGUGGAAAUUGGAUUGAAAUUGCCUACGGCACCAGCUCAGGGAUGGUACGAGUGAUUGUCCAGCAUCCAGAGACUGUGGGCUCCGGGCCCCAACUUUUCCAGACUUUUGCUGUCCAUCGUAGCCCUGUCACCAAGGUGAUGCUCUCAGAGAAGCACCUCAUCUCAGUCUGUGCCGAUAACAACCAUGUGCGCACGUGGACAGUGACUCGAUUCCGUGGAAUGAUUUCGACGCAGCCAGGCUCCACUCCCUUGGCUUCCUUCAAGAUUCUGGCCCUGGAGUCGGUGGAUGGGCAUGGUGGCUGCAGUGCUGGCACAGACAUUGGGCCUUUCGGUGAGCGCGAUGACCAGCAAGUGUUCCUCCAGAAGGUGGUUCCUGAUGCCAGCAAACUUUACGUGCGCCUCUCCUCUACUGGCAAGAGAAUAUGUGAGGUGUGCUCUGUUGAUGGCUCAGCCAUCACCGCCUUCAUGGUCCAGGAAUGCGAGGGCUCUAGCCGCAUUGGCUCCCGCCCACGCCGCUACCUCUUUACUGGCCACAGCAAUGGCAGCCUCCAGAUGUGGGACCUCACCACCGCUAUGGAGAUGGGAGACCGAACACCAGAUUGUGGUGGUCCCUCAGAAGAAGAGCUGCUGCUUGAAUUAGAGCAGUGUGACCUGGCACUUACCCACACCCUGGAGACAAGUCCUGGGGGGUCUUUCUCUCUCACCAAUACUUCUGGCAUCAGCUGCCCCCAGUGCCAAGAUGUUGAUGGGACCUGUGAGAAGCCAGCAAAAGCCUCCCCAAGCACGUCCUGUUGCUUGAGGCAGGAGCAUCAGCCCACAUUGGACUUCCAGCGAGGAGACCUCCACCGACAACAGCUGGGAAGGAGUUUCUUUGACCGAUCCUCCGAGGGCCAGCGGGUCAGCCACUCUAGGGGUGGGCUUGCUGCUAGCCUUCUGAGCCAAAGCUCCCCCACCCCCCGUCCUGCCCCCAUGGAGCCCACCCUCCCCCUAGCCCCAUCCAGAGUGCCACUCAGUGAAACCUCUUUCUGACUUCUGGGCAUGUGUCAAAAGGGCUGGACACGCCACUUUCUCCUCAGGGGAGCAAGAAGGGAAGGCAGUGAAGAUCGAUGCCUUUGCUGUGGCAUGAAGUCCCAUCUCUAGCAACUUCCGUGAUUUGCUGCAGAGCUUCCCCUAGCCUACCCCGCCCCCUUCGCAGCACCGUGCCCAUGAACUCUGUCCCAAGCACUUUCAAAGCGUCUCAGGGCCUUAAUCCUCUGGCGGGGUUUGUCUUUCUCCUCUGUGGUGGACUUGCUCAUGAGUAGAUUGCGUUAGGGUGUAACCUGUGGCCUCUGCGAGGCUGCCAUCCCCCUGCUUCUUCUGAAAAGUCAAAGCUAUUUGUGAGCAAUAACCCCCCACCUGCCUUUGCUGACUGGUCUCUGCUUCCCUUUUCUGUAGUAGAUAAGUGGCAAUAAAUACAUGUGGAAAGAUGUU